GCAUGUGCACUUUAAUAUCUAGCAGACGAUGUGAACGUUCGUAUUUUUAGAACAAGCUUUCCGUUUACAUGUGUUCACGGGUGGAGCUUCUCUCACGGAUUUUUUUCCAUUUCACGUACUGUGUUGAUUAAAUCGACAUAGGUAACGUGAUAUCAAUUUACAUCCACAUGAUCUAUAGAAAUAGUUGAAUAGAUCAAGCUUAAAAUAACCAUUGUAAUAACUUGGCAAGAAUGAAAUAGUAAAAUACUGCUCCAAAGACUAUUGUAAUAUAUUCUUGUUGCAUUGUAAAACCACAAGUCACCUCUGAUUUGUUGGAAGCCAUAAUUAUAUUGAAGUUAUUAUCAAAUGAUAGUGUGAUAUUUCAAAGUACACACUUCACAUCUCUGAAUAUUUUACAACUCUAUGAUCUGAAUUUGAAUCUAGAAGUGAAACGGUUGCAGAAAAGAAGAAAGUAAAGAAAAAAAAAAAAGAAGAAACUUAAGCAGGAAAGUAAACAUAUAAGAAUAUUCUUAUAAGUUUAUUAGCAGUUUAAUCAUAUGCUUGUGCAUUCGCAAUUUUUUAAACAGUAAAAUAAAUUUAAUACAGUCAUAAGGAUAGGUAAAAAGAUAAAAUAUCUUAAGAGAAUAUUGUAUCGUAAAUAUUAUAGAGAAUUACCAAUUUUUUUUUAUAAGAUUUAAUUAGUUACUUGCGUUCACUUUCCUAAAUCUAUUUCAAACAAAACUUAUUUACAAAAUGGCUAGUCAUACCUCAAAUAAUAAAAAUUAUAAUAUGAAACUUAUUGACACUAUUUAUAAUCAGGUGCCAGCUUUUACAGAUGUCUUUGAUGAAGAAACAUGGUAUAUUUUUGUUGCCUGUUUUGUAGGAGGAACAUUUUUAGUUGCAUUUAUUCUCUCAAGAUUUAUUACACUAAAACCUGUAGAAUAAAUUUCAAGUGUUUCUUAAAAAAGCUGUAUUUAAUAUUUAUGUGCACAGCAUUUUAGUUAUAUUUAACAAGUUAUACUGUACUAGUGAGAUUUCACUAUGUUUUAACAAUAAAUGUUAAUUGAUUCAAUAAAUAACAGCUAUACACAUGAUAUUAUAUUAAGAUAUUUUUCAGUGUUUUAAACGUGUAACUAAUUACAAUUACUUUCAAUACUAUACAAUAUUAAUAAAUUUAUAAUUUUACAUAUGAAUUUUCUUUAUAUUGUGAAUAUGAAAUAAUAU